GCCUGCCGCGAGUACGGCAUGGCCGUGCCAGUCUUCCACAUCUUCUCCGACAGACGAGGGGGCCGUACAGCCUGGUCCAGCCGGGUGACCGUCUGCGGCCAGACAGUCUCGGCGCGCUACUGGUAUGACGGCAAGAACCUGAACAAUGCCAGGGAGGACGCGGCCGAGGUAGCUCUGAAUUGCAUCCAGGCGUCC